ACAACACUGAUAAAAUUUUGCUUGUUGCAUUUUCUGACAGCCGGCAACUUGCAUUUUCUUGCAUUCAAUUAACUUAUUAUUUCGUUUAAUUACAAUUUAUUCAACUAAAAAUGCCCUCUGCAUCGAAUCAAUGGGAGGUAGUUCAAAAAUCUCGUAAGCAAAAGAAUUUGGAGAAAAAAGUAAGUGCCCAUACGGAACAGAAACGUAUUGCAGCUCAAGUACCCAAAUUGGAAGAGUUGUUGCCAUCGCAGCAGUAUCGCGAUUUGUUUGGCAACAACAAUAACUAUAACAACAUUAAAUCUCAUUCACCGGCAAAAUCAAGUUCUGGGGUCAGUUACUCAUCCUUGGGCAAGAAAAAUGCCACGAAAUCAUCUGCAACUGUUGGAGGGGGAAACGGAAAUGGCAACAGCAAUGGCAAUGGUGGUACGGAGUCAGUCAAAAAGCAAACUCAAAAACAACCACAAUCGGCGAAACCCAAGACAUUAGAACAGGCUUUGUUGCAUAUAACUCCUGAUGAUUUUCUAGCUCAGUUGGAACAGGUUAAACUAUCCUGUCCCGGAUCGGAAAUACGCUGGUUAAGUCAUAUGGCUUUGUAUCUAAAUGGAGCCCUGGCCUAUGACUGUGACCCGACGUUUUCGGGUCGUUCAUUCAAAUAUCCCACAAAUCUGGCUAGUGUCCCGUUAAAGGCAACUAUAUUGGAAUUCAUUCAAAGUAUGAGCGUCACAAAUUUGGAGUAUUUUUUCUACAGUCUUUUGGAUACCAUGGCCACGGAUUUAAAUAAUAGCCAAACUGUCGUUGGUUAUAAAUUCAUGCUUCAAUUGAUUGGACAAUCAUAUCCUAGUAUCUGCUCCGUAAAUAUGGCCAAGACGGCUCUAUUACGUAAUUCCUAUCAAAAUAGAAGUAACAUUUGUUUAAGUAUUCUCUGGGCCAUUGGUCAAGGUGGAUAUACAUCCCUCAACGAAGGUGUUAAGAUUUGGCAGAACCUAAUGUUGCCGAAUUUAAAAAUGAGGAAUUACACAAAAUAUGUGGUCGAUUAUAUGGAAAAGAUAUUGGAUGCCUCAACGAGGCGGAAAACAGAGAACACUCUUUCUUUAAAUCAACAAGAAUUUUUCCUUACUUAUAAUGCCCUCAAUACAAAUUAUCCCAGCUUAUCCAAUGAACUGAUGAAAAGUUUAAAACGAAGCGCUGGACAAUUGUUGCAAAGAUAUAUAUCAAGCGGUGUGAAGCAUGCAAAUAUAUUUUUAACUCUUCUACGUGAAAUUACCACGUCAAACAAUUCUCACAAAUAUUCCAAUGAGAUCGAAGGCUGUAUUAGUUGUCUAUUGAGUUCGGGUGGAGAUGAUUGCCUUAAAAUUUGGCGCAUGAAUUAUAAAAAACAACAAUUGCCCAGCUUAUUGUUGUUAAAAGCCAUAGAUGAAAACUGGUCCAAGUCGACAAAUCUAUUAGCCAAACUGCCAGCUUUUCAGACAUUUUUGCAAGAUCUACUUAAUGAAGAUGUCCAAUUGGCUGAAAUGCAACAAGUUUUAUUGAGCGUUCAGGAAAAGAGCAGCGCACAACAGAAAAAGAACAAACAGAAUGCAGCGGCACAGAAGAAGAAAUGCGGCUGCUGUAAAUGGGUAUUCGGAAGCAUUUUUCUUUUAGCUCUGAUAGCCGGUUCCCUGUGCUAUGACACUCAGGUCAAUGGCAAGGGCGUCUUUGAGAAAUCGGCGACGGGUAAAAUUCUAAAGAAUGCUGGUGUGUUACCGCAUGUCGAGAAGGGUUGGUAUGUCACGAUGAGCGCCCUGGCCAGGGGCUACAAAUGGGGCGAAGAACAUGUACCACCCUAUGCCAACCCAGCGAUCAAGGUCACUAGUGAUUUGUGGAAACUAGCAAGGAACGGAGCCUGCACUUCCUAUGAAUCGGGCAAAACUUAUUUCAAUGCCAAAUGGCCAGAGGUGGCUAAAUUUGUUGAUCAAUAUGUGCCCAAUUUGUCAAACAAACUGGAGGCCUUUGCAGCGGGCGCCAGAGAUUUGGCCGUGAAUGGUUAUGAGAAAUCCUCAUCUUUAAUCAAGGAGAAGGUUUUGGUUGGUCGUUUCUCACCCGAGAACCUCAACCAGGCAUUCAAUCAGACACGCAACAUUGCCUUGGAUUAUUAUAACCAGCUUCACAAAAAGAUCGAUGCGUAUGCCAAGCUUAAAUGAUUCUAAGCGUCUGGAACGUAGAGCAUUCAUUACAACAACAACAGCAACAACAGAAAAAAAAACAUUUACAACAACAAAAAAAACAACAAAAAAAGAAAAGAAAAUCAAUCCAUUUAAAUGCAAUUUUUCAGCAGUUAGUUAAUAAAAAAAAAGUAAGUGAAGAAAGUUAUACAGAAAAAAUCAACGUCUGCAAAGCAAACCUCCACUUUUUAAAAAAAAUCAUUCACACAAUUCUCAUUCUCAUGUUCUUAUGUGGUUCGAAAGUGGAGGAGCAUAAAGCACUCCUCAACCAAUAAUAAAAACAACUUUCUUUCAAUGUGGUUAAACAAUUUAGUAAAUUUAAAAUCUAUAUCGAAAAUCCUAGUUGUAAACGAAAACAGAAAAAAAGAAGAAGGCGGAUGAAAAAACGAAAAGAGAUGAUAUAAAAACAGAAAUGCUAACUUGUAAACAAUUUUCAAACAUUUUUCCGUUUUGGAAAACAUAAUUUUGUAUAAUUUGUUUAUAAUUUUUCGUACAUUUUGAUGCUUUUUUGACUAUUCAUGGUCAAACAUUUACACAUUUCCAAUUUGCAUUUGUUUAAGGCAAACAAAACAAUAUCAAUAAAUAUAUAAUUAUGUCUUUUUUUUUUUACUACAUUUAUAUUUAGAAAUGUUCUAUUUCAUUCAAAUUGUACAACAGUCCAUAAUUGAUUCUCUUUGUAUGUGCAUUUUCCCAAAAGACUUUUCCACAAUUUACGAUUAGAAAGCGCGUUUUAGUCACUUCUUUGCAGUUGCAAAGUAAUUCAAUACGAUUUUAAAACACAGUUGUAAAUUUAAACGAGAUACGCGAUUUUUUGCAUAAAUAAAAAUUACGUUAAAGAAAA